GUACGAGGCGAUGGAUAAGGUGAGAUACAUUUGCUCCACUUCGACCUACUCUGUAUCACUGUUUCUUGUCCGACUUCUCUGGUAUGCUUGUCUCGAUCACAUCACGCUUAAACCUGUGUUAGAUUGAUGCCUACAAGAUUUCAUAAAGAGCUCCUCAAUUUUUGCAUGUGGUGCUAUCUGUAUGUUGCGACAUGUGACUGUUUGGAUUCGUAUCUUUGGCAUCCUGUGAAGGUGGAAUAAGGAUUCUAAAGCGACGAUGUGUCUCUCGCAACCUUUACCGGCUCCUGCUCAAGUCGGCACUGCAAAACGUCACUGAAAUAAAAUGGCCACUGACCGAGGCUGUACAAUCGGAAAUCGGGCUUUUUGUGCCUGUUACAGGCUUCUUGUUUCCCAUCACGAGCGCUGUUGCUAUAGACCACUAACCUUCCCCACUCGCCUACACCUAUCCUCGACCAUGACCUACGUCUCAAAUGAUCCAAGUUGGUGGCCGAGAAUGAAUCUCGUUAUGUUUUUCAGCUAUUGGGAAGUUGCUACCGGCGUCGUAAUGAUAUAUGAUUGGGUCUUAACAUUCGGAGAAGAGAUUGAACUCAUCUGGAGACAACGCUGGUCUCUGAUGACUGUGCUUUAUUUGAUUAUACGCUAUAUCAGAACACCGUAUUCUGUUGUCAAUCUUCUGCGAAGUAUGCCAUCGGUAUCGCUGACAGAUGCAGUGAGCGCGAUCACGUACUACGCAACAAAUGGCACAACUGUGGCCGUGAUUUGCAUGUUGGGCGUGAUCACGAUUGCUCGGUUGCAUGCCAUGUAUCAAGGAUCUAGAAUGAUGCUUAUAUUCCUUGUUAUUAUCUUCCUGGCUGUAAUCAUCGCCUGUGGAGUAAUCACAGCAAUAGAACUCGACGAUAUUGUAGCAGAGGAGUCGAUACUCUCUGGCACAUAUAUGUGCGGUUAUGUAUUUGGAGGGGACGAGCAGCUUCUUACUUCGAUGUUUUGGAUGCUCAACACUGUUUGGGAGAUCCUCGCACUGUGUCUUUCAGUCUGGGUUGCCGUAAAACACUUCCGUGAGCUGCGACGACUCGGCCGAUCGACAGGAUCGACCAUCGGGGACUAUUUCAGAGUGCUCAUACAAUCUCACGUUCUUUAUUUUGCAAGCUUUGUUGGUGUCUCUUGUCUCCAGCUUGCUGUUCUCUCUUUAGAAAUCUCGCAUUCAAAUUCUAUCGCACCUCUGAUACUCGGAGGUGCUCUCCGAAUUUCAUCGGCUGUGCAGAUGUUUGUGCUGGGACCACGCCUUAUUCUUAGCGUUCGAGAGUACCACGCCAAACUAGUGGAAGACUCCGACGCAGACACUAGCAUCAAUUCGAUUGUUUUCCAGGAGCGUGUACAUGUAUCAACUAGCAGUACUGUGUAGGGAAAUGCUUGCCGAGUGGUCUGCAGGGAGGAGAAAUUUGGUGCAGGAUCCGUUGUGGUAUUUAUUUAACAUAUUGUAUUCCGAAGUAUAUUUGAAAGGUCCAGGCAAACCUGUUUCUUGCUGUAUCCCUGCA